AUGGACUUAAACGAAAAGCCAAAAGAAAUAACACAAUUCGACGAAUGUCUUCGAUUCCACACAAUUCUUACCAUUGAUAUUGAAUUCCCUGGCUUUAUUACACAAUCUCCAUGGGAUUUCAUUGAUAAAGAGAUUUACAAAGAGUUUCGUUUCAAUGUAAACCAAACGAAACUCAUUCAACUUGGUGUCACAACUUUGGAUGAUUUAGGUCGAAUCGGCAGUUCAUGGUACUCUGAUUUUGACUUCCAUGCUGAUGCUUAUUCUCCUUCUACCAUUAUGUUUUUAGAAAAGAAUGGGUUGAAUUUUAAAAAAUUGAAAGAAGAUGGAAUAUCCAUUGCUUCAUUCACUAAAAAAUUCUCACCUAUCAUCAAAAAAUUGUUACCAAAAUCAAUGGAAGAAUUCGCAACGGUGGUGGUUAACAAAGUUGGAAUUGUAAGGGAUUUGAAUCAUAUGGCUAGAUUCUGUGAAGGACUAGAAGAUGGAAGACUUGGACUUGAAAGAUUAGGAAAAUUAUUGAAUAAAAAAAAAUUUGGAAUGAAACAUAAUGCUGGAUCAGAUAGCUUACUUACAACAUCUGCACAUUUUGAGAUGGUGAAAUGA